UUUUGCGAACCCGACUCGCCUUCAUCUGGUCUCUCCCCUCCUCUCUCUAGAUCUCCAAGUCCUGGCCUCACAGCCCUGGCCUGUGGGAUGUAGGCCUCGUUCUCCUGACACUCGGUGCACGCCCUGCUGCUCUGCCCCUGGUGCCGAAGCGGCGGGAAGCAAUGUCAACCCUGAUUUUAGGUUUGAGAGCCUCCCUCUGGAGUGGAGAGAGAGACCCGCCGCGGAGGGGAGGGGAUGGCUUGUCAAGCCAAGAGAGGCAGAUCCCUCCGUGUGUGUGUUGCCGUCACCAGACAGAGCUCAGUCCCAGGAGCUGACGCUCCCACCGCCCCCGGGAGAGCCCGGUGGCCACGGUGACGACGGGCGCCCUGCGGAGCGGUUUUCUCUGGGGUCUUGUCUCUUCCUGCCGCGGACGGAGCCUUCAGCUCCAUCCGUAAAAGAGCAGUGCCAAAGAGUGAGAAGUACCCAGUACGGACAUAUGUAUAAUUCAGUGCAAGAUAUGAAAGAACUUGCAAGUAUGGCUUUUGCAGCUUUGUACCUGGUUAGGAAACCUAACUUGCAGAUCCUGGAAGGCUCCAUUCUUGAGCCUGUAUAAUAAUAUGCUGGAACUUAUUAUCAAUGCUUCAUUUGGGGCAGCUUGAGGACUUCUGUGUUACAAGAAGAAAAACAUAAAGGUCUAGCCCUCUUGCUUCCCUCCAAACUGGAAUUCAGGAGCCAUGGUUUUGAUACUGCCGAAGUGCCCUAAUUAUACAGAGGAGGCUGUCACAGAACCAGUCCCUGGCCUGGGUCCUGUUUCCCUCUGAUUUGGAAAGAGACAGUCUUGUAAUUUUAAAUUACAUCCUAGCUCUGAGGAGCUCAGCUAAGACAUUUUCUGUUCAUUAAGAGUAAUUGGAUUACUUCAGAAUGACCACAGAAAUAAUAUUGCAUUAUCGCGCAUAUGAGAGUGAUCCCACACAAUUGCUGAAAGUUGCAGAAAAAGCAAUUCAAGACUUUCCUACACAUCCACUAUCAAGAUUUAUCCCUUGGUUUCCACAUGAUGGGUCCAAACUUCCACUCAAACCUAAACGAUCACCACCUGUGAUUUCUGAAGAGGCAGCUGAAGAUGUGAAACAAUCCUUAACCAUUUCAGAACAUGAUGUUAAAUCACAGAGUUAUGAUUGUACAGUAGCGCUAUUGGAGUUUCAACCUAAUUUGAAAGAAAAGAAGCACUUAAUCCGGUCACACACACUCAAUGAACAGACUACUUCUGGAAAUCUGGAUAAACAAUCAGAAAAAGGGAAACCGCACAAGAAGAGGUCUUGGAGUGUUUCGCUCCCUGGCAGAAAUUGUACUGGAGAUAUUUUUCCUUUGUCUAAAAAAUUGCAAGAUAGUGUAAAGGCACUAGAUUUACACUUAUUUUACAGAGCAAGAUGGACAAUAGAUCACACUAUAUGUAACAACCAAACUCUGGAAGACAUUUGGGCAAAACUCAAUAGAAUUAUCAGGCACAAUGAGCUUCCAUCUUGUAAUGCUACAAUUCAGAGACAUUUGGGCCAAAUAUGGGUGUUCUGUGAUAUUAUGUACUGUGAAUAUGUGGGAAAUCUCCUUAAAGGAAGAUUAGCUCUUACUGGGAAAAUAAAUUUAUUUGUGCGUAAACAUGGUAUUAUUUUUAGUAUGUAAUGAAUUCCAGUGAUUGUCAAAAAGAAGACUAUUCUGAAUGAACAGUAUAUACUGAAAUAGAUUAAUAAAUUUUUUUACUGGUUUUUAAAUUUUUAAUUAUAAUUUUUAUUUGAACUUUUGCUAAUAUAGCCUAUUUAUUCUUACCAUUGUGAAAAAUAAUUGUGUGGUAGUAUGUGUUCAGUUUGUAUCCCAGGAAUAAAUAUCAUGUGAGUUUGUAGACUUGUCAUUUAAGUCAAGAACUUUCUUGAUUCUACUUUUAACAGCCACUGUUUAAAUUAAUUGUGAUAAAUUAUUAUUUAUACUGAAGUUUGAGGUAAAAUGUGCCAUUCCUUUUCUUUUUGUUACGUUUUCAAUGGUUGAGUUAUAUAUUCCUAUGAAUUACAGUGAAUAGUUUGGAUUUGGGUAAAUCCUUAAAAUCUAAUUUUUCUAGUAUUUUUUCUUUGUUCAUCUAAAAUGUAAUAAUUUUUUAAAAAUGAAACUAAAACCAGUUUCAGUUUCAGGGAAUGCUAUUUAAGUGGCAUGUAUAUAGUUCACAAUGGGAGACCAGCCAAAUUAUGCUGAUGUUCCCAAAGAUAUGUAAUAGGUAACAGUUGAUGUGUUGUCUUGAAACAAAGCUUAAAAAAAAUGUAUAAUUUUCUUAAGACCAUAAUGUAUCUUUAAGACUAUAUAACAUGUUUUGAAAAGAAGUAUCAAAUAUGAUAAGAAAUCAAGUUACUCUUUAUUCUAAUACAAGUAAUUCCAUCUUAAUGGCUGUUAAUACCGGUUACUAGCCUGCUGGUUCUUGAAGUCAUUGUUGGUUUCCCAUAACCAAAAUGUUAUAAAAUGGACUUAUGCAUCACCUCAUAGAAAUAACCAAAGAACUUAUAUGGGUAUAUGCACAGCCCCUGGAUACACAAUAGUGUGGUGAAGGCCUGGGGGAUGAA